GACAAAAAUGAGAAAUUUUGAUUUUGAAAAUGGAAGCACUGCAAAGCUAUUCGGUCUUGGUCAGCCAUUUUGGAAAAGAAAGAGAUUUUGGUGUUUUCAAAUCGCAAUGCUUUCUCGAAUUAGCUGUCUUUUGCCCAAAGGUGCGUUUUAUAUUCUCGCUAAGUACUUCAGGAACAGUAAUAUGUCUUUCGUUUUCGCAUGCAACGUUGUUAAAAGUAAUUAUGCAACUUUGAACAAGUACAUUUUUUUGUGUUGGGUCAGUUAUAAUUUCCUUUCAAAUGUACGUUGAAGGCUUAGCUAUUACCAGGUAACCGAAUAAAUUUGCUUUCUUUAAAGGUAAUCAAGCUGUCUUUUCAUUAAAAUGUCUUGCAAGACCUGGGUAAAUAUUUUUGUUUCGUUAUUAAAUAUUGCAUGCAACUGAGGUUUUUAAAUGUUCGACCAUAUUUGUUUUUUUCUGGUAGUUUGUCAGUUUGUAUAAUGGGAUGUUUAUACAUGGUGAUCAUACGUCAAGAAAAACUAUGCACAAAAACUGAGUAGACAACUGCAUUGAUCUUUUAAUCUUGACGUAUGGUCCAUUUGCCAUGUUUAUACACAGAUUAUUCAUCUAUAUUUCUUUUGCCCUAGUUUGUCCCAACAGAUUAUCCAGAUCUAGGUUAAAGUGUCUCGUUUAUACGUAAAUAUUGAUAAGUUAUUCCAAUAAGCAUCGUCUGUCCCUAGCCGCGCAUUUAUUUCUGUUAUCUGAUAUUAUUAGGCUUGUUGCUCUAAACAGAUCUUUCUCAACAAGCGAUUCCCGCAAUCGUUUUGGAAUAGAUCCGACUGGUAGGUGUCUUUACAUUUAGCAACUUUGGUGUUUCUUUUGUUUGGGCAUUUCACUAUACAGUGAUCAUUUGCAUACAUUUUAAUUUGCUAGGUAUUAAAGUGAUGCCGACAGACUUCUUUUCACAAGUAAGAGCUGAACUUUUCAAGAAAACUGGAGAAUCAGGCACCUGGUGUCUUGGAAUUGGGCUUGGUGCUUAUAUUUUGUCUAAAGAAUAUCUCGUUCUUCAUGAAGAGGUAUCAACCAUAUUUUUUGUGUUGAAAUACAUUCCAUUACAGAAAAUUUUCCUGAAAUUCACUGUCCAUUGAUUUUCAUUUUAGACGCUCCUUGCCGUAGUGUUGUUGUCGACCAUGGCUUGGUUGUACAAGAAAGCUGGCCCAACCGUUAGCCAGUUGUUGGAUGAUUAUGCACAGGUAUACAUGGAAACAAGGAUGGAUUUCGUGAGAGGAUUCCCAUUGAUGAGGAUAAGCCUAAUGCACCCUACUUUAUUAUUUUACUCUGUCUAAUGCCAGACAGUUUUACUUUAUUAUUUUACUGUCUAAUGAGGGGGGCAUUGGGGGGUAUUCAAUACCGUAAUACCGUAAGCUAAUUUUGUCAAUUACCGCAGUUUUUGAGUCCAAAUUGCAAAUACCAUGUACCGCAAGAUUUCCAAUAUCGUAAUACCGCAAUUUUUCAAGGAAAAUACCGAAAUACCGUAAGAAAAAUAAGCUAAUACCGCCAUACCGUAAAUCCCAAUGUCCCCCUCUCUAAUGCCAGACGAUUUAUUCAUCAGCGAGAGAGCUCUGGCAGUCAAUGGGUUAGAGAUCAAUUACAACCAAAGCAGCUAGUCAUAUAAUUUUCUUAUUUUUAAAGGAAAUUUUGGAACAGUUAAACCAAGGUCGUAUAGCUAAGAUGGCUCAGUUAGAGGAAGAGAUCAAGUUGCAAGAAAGUGUUGAACCUAUGCUUAAAGUUGGAAAAGAUGUGUUUGAAAUAAUCAGGGUUUGUAAUUUUGUGAUGAUUAAAUUUAUUGAGAUAUCAUGGCUAUCAGUAGUGAAUUUAAGUAGCAUGCAAAAUAUUGUCCACUCACAAAGAUUUACAGGGUUUGCAUAUCACAAUAAAAUUGCUCUUUCACACUUCUGGAAAGUACCUUGGCUAUAAAUAUAAAGCCUUGCCUUCGUCAAUGAGAUAUUACUAAGGCUUUAAUGUCACUCAUGCACAUAUGAAAUCCAGGCUAUAUACAGGGUGUCCUUGAAAAUCCUAGAAAGUCCUUGAAUUGGAAGAAAAAAUUCCAGGACUGGAAAGUCCUUGAAAGUCCUGGAAUUAAUUUCCUUAACCUCCAGCUGUGCCAACAUUAGUGAUUUUGAUUAAAAUUGCUGAAUAAAGUGAAUUAUUUAUGGUAAAUCUAUGCUAUGGUAAAUCAAAGAUUUUUCUCAGUUCUAGGUCCUAGAAUUUACUGAAAAAGGGCCUUGAAAGUCCUGGAAAAGUCCUUGAAUGUCACCUUCACCAAAAGGUGGACACCCUAUAUAUAGUCAAAGUGUUGUAUUGAACUGAUUGAUAAGCAUGGAUUUUCAUAGGAAAAUAAUGUCAUGGAGUUAGAACAUGAAUACCGAAGCAGACUUCAUCAAGUUCAUAACGAGGUCAAGAAACGUUUGGUAAGAAAAUCUCUCUCAAUCUCUGGUGGUUGUGAAGCAAGGUUGCUAUCUGAAAGAUGGCUUGAUCUACGUUUAUUAUUCACGACAAUAAUACAGUACUUAGUGUUUGCUCAAAUUGUUAACAUGUUUGAUGAAUAAUUUUUAUUUCAUUUCCUAGGAUUAUCAAGUAGAAUUAGAGGAUCUUAAGAAACGACUUUUACAAGAACACAUUGUAACCUGGGUGAAGGAUGCCGUUAUUAAGAGUAUCACACCAGCACAGGUAAUGAACCUGCCAACAGGGUCUUAGCUAGGAUUUUAGAUCUUGGGCAUGUUCCUAAUGACCAGGGUGUGCACAUGUCAAUUACUUUGAAUAGCCAAAUUCAUGGUACUAUAGUUAUACUCCCCAACAACAGACUAUUCCUGUGGUUGUUCUAUGCUUUAUUUGGAGGUAUUUAAAACCAUUUUAACACCAUACAGUUCCCAUUAUCCAUCAAAACAUUAAAACAUCACAAAUCACUUUUGCCAAUUUCAACAACAACAACAGUAGAUUUUACAAACUUUCUUACAACGUAAAUUGGAAGAAAUUCUGUCUGUUGUAAGUACUGUAGCACCACCUUAGUUUAUGAACCUACACAGCCUUAUAUAAAUAGUGAAGCCGCGUUCAUUUUAUCUAGCCAUGUUUUUCCACUUUUUGCCGCGAUAACACGGCCCUCUAGCUAAGACCCUGCCUGUCAACCCAGGAAUAAGCCCCAACUCGUCCUCCUUAAAUAUCUCAUGUGAAUGUGAUCAGAGUAUCAGACAUGGGGUUGUAUGGUGCAGCCGUUAAACAAACCCCAAAACUCAAUCUUGAAUCAAGUUUAAGUGCAGUAGCAUUGAAGUUGUUUUGGUUGAAUUUGCUAUGUAUUUUGUGAGAAAAAGGUAGGGAGUAUGUGAUCGUCAUAUGCUUGAUGGUUCUUUUGUUUACUUUUUAGGAAAAACAAACUAUCACUCAAUGUAUUAAAGAACUAAAGACCCUGGCUCCUGCGUGAAUGAACUUUUACAGUCUUGUUAAAGCGUUGUCCGUAUAUAUGCAGUUUUAAUUU